UAAUUAGUUUAAGUGAGAGAGAAGAACCACGGGAGAGGCGCAACUAUCUGCCAUUGUUUAGGGACGGCCAUAUUGGAUCCUAGGUUGUCCAGGCUUCUCUCAUCUUUUUUCUAAUUCCGCUGCUCAGGGUAUUUUUUGAACAAUGGCAUGUGUAACACUCAAGCGAUCACUAGAAUUUGAUCCUCUUCACCAUGGGAGUUGCACACCUCGACCACACAAGAGACGACGAUGCGUGCCUAUGUGUGUCUCUCCUCAGAGUGCUGCUGCAGCCACUGCACGUCACACUGAGUCACAGUCGCCAUUUGCAGAGGUCACACCUACUCUAACUCCAGAACAAAUUGCGCAAAAUGUUCGGGAGGAGAUUCGCCGGCUGAAACGCCGCAAGAUAUUACAGUGUGGCGAGCGUAGCAUGGAGUGCGAAGGAGGCUACGAUUCCCCAGCUUCCCCCCUCUCUCCGCCCUCCCCUGUCUGUCCUACCUCACCAUCACCUGCACCAACAUCCACUGCAGGAGUGUCAUCUCUUCACCAACAUCAUCACCAUCAUCAGUCCUCUCUUGGGAAGGAUAAACCUCUGUUUACAUUUAAACAGGUGAAUCUGAUCUGUGAGCAGCUACUGCGAGAACGUGAGGUGAAUAUCCGAGAGGAAUAUGAUAAAGUUUUGGCAUCCAAACUUGCUGAGCAGUAUGAUUGCUUUGUACGUUUUACUACAGAUCAGAUACAGCAGAGGCUCUCUCAAGCAUCCCUUCCCAGCUAUCUUUCAUAAAGUGACCAUGUUCUUUUGAUAUGGACUAUGUGCCUUUGGAGGUACAAAGAAUGAAAAAUUGUGAGAAUAUUUCCCCUGGAAGUGUGAACUUUGUACAUAGGAAGUAUCUCAAGCUCUGGAAGGAAUAAAAGUGUUCAGGAAACAAGUGUAAUAAUCGAUUGCCAGAUAAAAUGGAUAUAAACCUCAUUUCGGUUUGAUAGUGCUUGUGAAGUGCUGUUUAGUAUGAAGGUGUUAAAUCAAUAUAUCCAUAUCAUUCAAGGCUGUACACAAGUACAGUGGUCUUGGGUUAGCCAGGACACAAACUCAAGUCACGUACAUAACAGCAAACAAUAUAAGUUAGAAGGGACUUACACGGCAACCAGAAGUGGCAGCUUCAGUGACAAGCAUGAGUUAACUUGUGGUGCUCAUUCUGUGUGGCAUUCCUCAACUGUUGUGUGUACAUACCUUCUAACCAUUCAGUUGCCUUUCACACUUUUCUUGCUUUAAGUGGGUACUUUGUGGAGUAAAACUCGGCGAUACAGCAUACUUGAAGGGAGGAACUGGUAUCUAUAAUGGUUUGCGAGAAAAGUUGUGAUUGUUGAGAAUUUAUCUAGUACAGGAAGACAGCCUCAGCUGCAGUCACAUUGCCUUCAUGUGAAUAGUAAUCUAGGGUAGCGCUCCAUAUUGCCUGUUUUAUGUUAGCAUAAAUUUAUUUUUUGCUAGCUUCUCUUUAACUUGUAUGUAUCUGAUACGUGUGACUUGAAAGUAGGUUCUUUAACUUUGUAAAUAAGUUUUUAAUAGGAAGGAGAUACCCUGGUAAUGUCUUCCUGUAUUAGAGCCAUAAAACUUGCCCCUCUCAUUAGAAGGGCAAUAUUAACCCACCAUACAAAUCAAUAUCUCGCCUAUGCUGUUUUAUUAGAGAUCUAUUGUAUGAUAAUUUACUUAUGGGUGUUGUGUCUAAUGUGGGUAAUAAUGUAAUUUAGGCAUAAUAAGGUGUUAGGUUCAAAAGGGUUACAUUCUGCUGUAGCAGAAAGAGCCCUAUAAAGUGAGAAAGGCAGUAGUGUUAGUUGCAAUGAAUGAUUGUUUCACCGUAUGAAUUUACAACUAGUGUAGAGUAAGUUUUUUUUAUAAUGUUCCGAGGCUGGAAGGUCUCGAAUCGUGUGUACGAUGCACGUUUGGAAGCAGGACUUUGUAAGCUGCAUAUUGUCAAGCAUUGUUGAAGCAGUAAGUCUGCAUUUAUAAGAUAAUUGGUGAAAUUUUGGGUUUUGUAAGGAAUCUGUUAGUGCAUUUUAUUUCCUUAAUUUCAUCUUUCAUGACAGGGACAUUGUAUAGCAGUUCUGCAUUACUUUAUCACUAAGACUUUUCACAUCCUGUAAUGUCAUUCACUGUUAUAAAGCAAUGCUUCUUUUCCAUAUAAAUAGAAAAGUAAUCUUAAAAAUUGAGCAAAUGAUUCUCUUUAUUUUUUUUUUAUUUCCUGCAAAGAAUAACACUAAUCUUGGCUUCUCUGUAACUUUAAUUUUAUGAAUCUGGAAAAUUUGUUGCUAAGUUAGCUCAACAUAUUGGUUAAUAAGUUAGUUGGACAUAUUGUUGCAUGAACUCUUGAAGAGUAAUUGUUUACUAUUUAUUUUCUUGUUCUCACUUUUUUACUGUACUUGUAUUAUUAAAUAUACUUGUUAAUGGGAAAGUACGGCA